GAGUUGCUCGGGAAGAGGGCAGUAUAAGUAAAUACGCGAUUGGAUGGAUGUUUUGUAAGAGUGCUACGGGUCAGUUUCGAGAUGUCCGUGCUGUUGUACGUGUCUGGACUAUUCCUGUAUACUAGUUUAUGAAUCUUCGAUAAUGGUGAUCCGCGGAAAAGGCGUGCUGACGACGCAAGGUGGCUUUCUGAAUUUCGACAGAGAGCUGAUAUUGGCAAUGAAGAGCGAGGUCAACAACAAGCACCUGAGAAAAUUGCUGGACGCGGUGAUAGGGGGGAGGUCGCUGUUCGCCCGCAUGUCCGACAGCUCCGGGCGGACCCUGCUGCACAUAGCCGUUUUGAACGACAACAUGGGGAUGGUGGAGUGGCUGCUGGACCGGGGCUCGGACGUGAACCAUCAGGACGGCCUGGGCAACUACCCGCUGCUGACGACGCUGCUGACGAGCAACCUGAAGGACAACAAGGCGAGCUGGAUGAUCGACCUACUGUGCGAGCCGCGAUAUCAGGCGAGCGUGCUGCUAAAGAACCGCCUGGGGCAGGGCGCGCUGGAGCAGGCGGCCAACCCCGCGUUCUACGACGAGAUCACGCUCGUGAUGCCCAUCUUCCACCGGCUGCUGGACGAGUGCCGCCAGAACCCGGUCGCGAUCGCGCGCGCGCUGCACGAGGUCGACUGCCCGGUGGCGCGCGCCGUGCAGUUCUGCUCCGCGGAGACGAUCGGCCGGCUACUCGAUCUCUACGGCGCGCGGCUGCCCCGCGAGCGCGACCUCGACGACAAGAGCACGGCGCUGCACACGGCGGUGCGGGUCAGGAACGCCCCGGUCGCGGUCCUGCUGGCCAGGCGCCUGCCGCACUACCGCGCGGCGAGGGACUCGCGCGGCCGCAUGCCGAUCUACUACUACCUGGAGGUGAUGCGCCGGCCGACCUACAGCUCGGCGCCGCGCGAGCACUGGGAGCCCCGGCUCGUGGCCGAGCUCGCGCCGCCGGGGCCACAGCUCGUGUCCCGCGACCACGACGGCCGCAUGCAGAUCGGCGCGAUCCUCGCGCACGGCAGCGCGCGCGAGGUGGGCGCGCUGCUCGACCGGCUCGCGGACCUGGCCGCCGCGGACGGCUUCGGCCGCACCGUGACGCACCUGCUGGCCUGCAACACCGAGCGGCUGUCGCGCCUGCUGCGCGGACGCAGCUUCGACGUGGGCGCCCUCGACCUGGGCGACGCGACGCCGCUGCACCGCGGCGUGCUCACCGGCAACCCCGACCUCGUCGAGCUCUUCCUCGAGCGCCACGCCCGCGAGGGGGUGGCGCCCGACGGCUCCGCGCUGCUCGCCGCGCUGCCGCUGCGGCUGCACUUCCACGAGUACUCGGCCGACGAGCGCCGCCAGCGGCUGGCCGUGCUGCGCCUGCUGCUGCUGCACGGCGUCGACCCGCAGACCACCAACGGCCUGGGCGAGCCCGCGCUCGGCCUGGCCGCCGACGAGGACAUGCUCGAGGUCGCCUGGCCCCUCCUCGCCCAGCUGGCCGUCCAGCGGCUCCAAGGCGUAGCGAUCGCCGAGGCGGUCGCGGCCACCCUCCGCGCCCACGCCCACCUGCGGCUCCUCUUCGACGAGUGCGUGCAGGACGUGAGCGCGCUGCGCGCGGACUUGAUCGGCCGGAGCCGGACCACCAAGUACGAGUGGCUGGUCGAGUCCGACGCGUGCAUCCUCGGCAACUGCGCGGCCAACGAAGAGGCCGCGUCCGCGCUCGAGGCCGCGCUCUACUGCAGCCCAUCGACGGACCACUACUACGACUAUCUCAUCGUCAAGAGAAUCAGAAAACUGCUCCCCGAGGUCGUCGCGCUCCAGCGAUCCCAGUAGGCUCUCUUUUCUUACUCGCGCGCUCGAUCUACCUGUGUAUUGCAUAUAUGUAUAUGUUGUAUACAUUUUACAACUUUUAUCGCUAAUGAUUAUGUGCUCGUCUCCGUACGCACAGAUACUUUAUUUUAAUAAACGCUUUUCCCA